UCAUUCUCACACGUUUAACAUCCCAAUCGUCCAUCAUGGCUGAAAUCGAGAAGAAGGUCGAGGAUCUGUCCUUGAGCGCACCCGCUGCCGCUGCUGAGAAGCCCCAGGGCAAGCCCAAGGAGAAGAAGGCCAAGAAGCCGGCCGCCGAGGGAUCCUAUCCCCUUGAGGUCUCCCCUGAGCCCGAGUACAUCGCUCACCGCAUUGCCAUGUUCGAUGAACUCAAGAAGAAGGCCGAUGAGACUAACGCUGCCCAACCCCGUGUUCCCAUCAACAUCACCAUGCCUGACGGCUCUGUUCGCGAGGGGACCGCCUGGGAGACUUCACCCAUGGAUAUUGCCAAGCAGAUCGCCAAGAGUCUUGCUGAGCGCAUUGUCAUUGCCAAGGUUGAUAAGGUUCUCUGGGAUUUGGAGAGGCCUCUUGUUGCCUCCUGCAAGCUUGAGCUUUUGGACUUUGAACACGAGGAAGGCAAGGCUGUUUUCUGGCACUCAUCUGCCCACGUCCUGGGAGAGGCCUGUGAGAAGCACUACGGAUGCCAUCUUUGCAUUGGACCACCAAUUGAGGACGGUUUCUAUUAUGAAAUGGCCAUGACCACUGACCGUGCUGUCACCAACAGUGACUACGCAAACCUGGAGACUGUCGCCAAGAACGCGAUCAAGGAGAAGCAGCAGUUCGUCCGUCUUGAGGUCACGAAGGAGGGCUUACUGGAGAUGUUCAAGCACAACCCUUACAAGGUUCAUUUGAUCCAGUCCAAGAUCCCUGACGGAACCUCGACCACUGUCUACCGCUGCGGUCCUUUAAUCGAUUUGUGCCGUGGUCCCCACAUCCCUCACACAGGCAGAAUCAAGGCUUUUGCUGUCAUGAAGAACUCUGCUUCUUACUUCUUAGGAGACGCCAAGAAUGAUUCUCUCCAGCGUAUCUAUGGCGUUUCUUUCCCGGAUACCAAGCAGAUGACCGAGCACAAGAAGUUCUUGGAGGAGGCGGCUAAACGUGAUCAUCGCAAGAUCGGAAAGGAGCAAGAGUUGUUCUUCUUCCAUGAUCUUUCUCCCGGUUCAUGCUUCUUCCUCCCCCACGGUGCCCGUAUCUACAACACUCUCAUGGAUUUUAUCAAGGCAGAGUACCACAAGCGCGGAUACACUGAGGUCAUGUCGCCCAACAUGUACAACGUCAAGUUGUGGCACACUUCGGGACACUGGCAAAACUACCAGGAGAACAUGUUCUCGUUCAACGUGGAGAAAGAGACUUUUGCUCUAAAGCCCAUGAACUGCCCCGGACACUGUCUAAUGUUCGGCAUUCGCGAGCGCUCUUACCGUGAGCUCCCUCUCCGCUUUGCUGAUUUCGGUGUUCUUCACCGUAACGAAGCCUCGGGCGCACUGAGUGGACUGACUCGUGUCCGUCGCUUCCAGCAGGAUGAUGCUCAUUUGUUCUGCAGACUCGACCAGCUCGGAACUGAGAUGGACGCUACGCUCGACUUUUUGCAGCACGUCUAUGGCAUCUUUGGAUUUGAGUUCUCCUUGGCUCUUUCGACCCGCCCCGAGAAAUUCUUGGGAGCCAUCUCCGACUGGGACACUGCUGAGAAGCAUCUCACAGACGCUCUUAACCGGUUCGGUCGCCCAUGGACCAUCAAUCCCGAGGAUGGUGCUUUCUAUGGACCCAAGAUCGAUAUUUUAAUCCGCGAUAGUUUGCGCCGUAGCCACCAGUGUGCUACCAUACAGCUGGACUUCCAGCUGCCCGAGCGCUUCGGACUCGAGUACCGUAAUAGCGGAGGCGAGGCAUCAGAUUUCUCUCGUCCCAUUAUUAUCCAUCGUGCCAUGCUGGGAUCAUUGGAGCGCAUGAUUGCCAUUUUGACGGAGAACUGCGCUGGUCGCUGGGACUUUUGGCUCUCGCCUCGUCAGGUUCAGGUGAUCCCCGUCGCAGCAGCGUUAAUUCCCUAUGCCGAGAAGGUUCAGAAGCAACUCCAUGAUGCUGGCUUCUUUGUGGAUGUCGACGUCUCAGACUCGACGUUGAACAAGAAGAUUCGCAAUGCGGAGAUUGCACACUACAACUUCAUCUUUGUCGUCGGUGCGGAGGAGGAGUCCUCCAACUCUGUCAACGUUCGCUCGCGCGAUGAUGUGGACAGCAAGUCCAAAGGACAGGUCCGCCCCUUGGAGGAGGUCGUCGACAAGCUGAAGGAGCUCAAGGAGAAGAAGUUGAAGGGGUCUCGCAUUUAAAAAGGCUAAAGGAAGCAGUGGCGCAAACCACGCAACUCAGAAGGAGCUGAAUGGUGUCCCUCCCAAACUACCCUGGCGCGUAGAGUAUCGAAUUGAAAUAAACUAAAAUGAAUGAAACACGAG